AGGAUUUUGCAGAGAAGAACGAAGUUCGAUAAAUAGGGAGCAGAUGGGGCGUCUUUACCCUCAUCCAUUUCUCAAUUCAAUUUCUCUUUCAUCAGAGCUCUCAACCGAUUAUUCUCAUUCUCAUUUUCAUCUUGGAUCUCCCGAAUGGCUGAAAGCGCGGCGAACAGAAAGCGCAGCGGCACGAACGACGUCGUUUUGGGCGGCGAAAGGAAGAAGAACACGCUACGCGAUGUGGACCCCGCGGCCGCAUUGGCCUUAACGCGGCACGAGUUCGGGGAGCAUGGUGGCGUGAAUAUGUCGAUCGAGGCGUCGGCGACGUUCACGGUGAUGGAGCCGGACACGCUCCGCCGCUUGUUCGCCGGCGAGCUUGGCCCGGACCGCGACUUCUUCAUCUACAGCCGGCACUUCAACCCGACGGUGCUGAACCUGAGCCGGCAGAUGGCCGCCUUGGAAGGCACGGAGGCGGCGUACUGCACCGCCAGCGGCAUGUCCGCGAUCUCGUCGGUGUUCUUCCAGCUCUGCAACUCCGGUGGACACGUGGUGGCCUCCACCACGCUCUACGGUGGGACCCACGCCCUCCUCUCCCACUUCCUCCCCCGCACUUGCAACAUCUCCACCACGUUCGUGGACAUCGCGGAUUUGGAGGCGGUUGAGAGCGCCAUCGUGGAAGGGAAGACCAAAGUGCUGUACUUCGAAUCCGUGUCGAAUCCCAGCCUGAAGGUGGCCAACAUUCCCGAACUGUGCCGCCUGGGUCACGCAAAGGGCGUGACCGUCGUUGUCGACAACACCUUCGCUCCCAUGGUUCUCUCUCCCGCUCGCCUCGGUGCUGACGUCGUCGUUCACAGCAUCUCCAAGUUUAUUAGCGGCGGUGCUGACAUUAUUGCAGGCGCUGUGUGCGGGCCUGCUAGGCUUGUGAAUUCGUUGAUGGACCUUCAGCAAGGGGCCCUGAUGCUGCUUGGGCCAACAAUGAAUGCGAAGGUGGCGUUUGAGCUGUCAGAGAGAAUUCCUCACUUGGGCCUAAGGAUGAAAGAGCAUUGCCAGCGUGCAUUGGUGUUCGCGAGGAGGCUGAAGAAAUUAGGAGUGAAGGUUAUCUACCCGGGCCUUGAAGAUCACCCGGAGCAUGAUUUGUUCAAAUCAUUAUUCAACAAGGAAUAUGGGUAUGGUGGGCUUCUUUGCGUUGACAUGGAAACGGUGGAGAGGGCGAACCUGUUGAUGGGGCACCUGCAAAACUAUUCUCAAUUUGGUUUCAUGGCUGUUAGCUUGGGCUAUUAUGAGACCCUCAUGUCCUGCUCUGGCAGUAGCACUAGCAGCGAGAUGAGUGAGGAGGAACAGAAGCUUGCUGGAAUCUCCCCAGGCCUAGUAAGGAUGUCAAUCGGAUACAUUGGCACAUUGGAGCAGAAAUGGACUCAGAUGGAAAAGGCACUCGCUAGAUUCCAUCAAAACCAACCACUUUGAUCCUUUUUGUAUUUCUAUUUAUUUUCUUAGUACUUUUACAUUUUGCUUUGCUUUAUAAAUUUAUGAUUUUUGGUUAUGUACUUAACUAGAGAGGAAGCAAUUAUUUGGUUAUGUAUUUAUUUAUGGUUUUACAUCUA